UGGACGCGUCAUUUCCUGCGGCCGGAAGGUUCCAGAGGUUCCGCGGGGAGCCGCCAUGGCCGUGGCGCGGGAGGAGUUGCAGAAAGAUUUGGAAGAGGUUAAAGAAUUGCUCACCAAUGCCACUAGGAAGCGAGUGCGUGACGUCCUUGUGGCAGAGAAACAAAAGCUGGAGCUGGAAAUCAAGAAUCAGCCUCUGCCGAAGCCAAAAGAUGUGGCAGAGGAAGAAAAGUCAUCUCUGGGAGGGUACACAGUGAAAAUAAACAAUUAUGGCUGGGAUCAGUCAGAUAAGUUUGUUAAGAUUUACAUCUCUUUAAAUGGUGUCCAGAAGCUUCCAGCUGAAAAUGUGCAGGUGAAUUUCACAGAGAGGUCAUUUGAUCUGCUAGUGAAGAAUCUGAAUGGGAAGAACUACACCAUGACCUUCAACAAUCUCCUGAAACCCAUCUCUGUGGAAGGCAGCUCUAGAAAGAUAAAGACAGACAUGGUCCUUGUGAUGUGUAAGAAGAAGUGGGAGGAAAAAUGGGAUUGUCUCACUCAAGUGGAAAAAGAAAGCAAAGAGAAAGAGAAGGCUGCCUAUGACACGGCAGAUCCUAGUGAAGGGCUUAUGAACAUUUUAAAGAAGAUGUAUGCAGAAGGGGACGAUGAGAUGAAGCGCACCAUCAAUAAGGCCUGGGUUGAAAGCAGAGAAAAGCAGUACAAAGGGGACAUACCAAUGGAUAUCUGAAAGUUCUCUAAGGGCCGCCUUAAAACUGAUCUUCCGUGUGAGACGCUGUGCUGCAAAGAUCAUCGUUUACAUAACCUUCUUCCAAGCAAAGACAGUCAUUUUCCAUUUCAGGUUGGACAAAAUAUUUAAAUAAAAUAGCUUAUAAAGCA